AUGCUUGUUAUCUUCCAUUGCCAAGCGAGUGGCUGGUAUCCGGACCCUUCAGUGUCCUGGGUGGUCAGUGGCACCACUGUGGACAGAGGCGACUACAACACCAGCAGUCUCCAGGACCCCAAAGGCCUUUUCAACUCCACCAGUGUGCUUCAGAUAAAAGCAGAGACAAAAAAAGGAAAUGUCAGGAUUUUGGAGAGUGAUCAGUCAGUUCAAGAGGGGAUGCUUGUUAUCUUCCAUUGCCAAGCGAGUGGCUGGUAUCCGGACCCUUCAGUGUCCUGGGUGGUCAACGGCACCACUGUGGACAGAGGCGACUACAACACCAGCAGUCUUCAGGACCCCAAUGGCCUUUUCAGCUCCACCAGUGUGCUUCAGAUGAAAGCAGAGACGAGCACCAUGGUGGAGUGUUGGGCAUCUGUGUCUGCCGCUCGAGCCCACCAGAGCAGCAGUCUCAAGCUGACUGUAGUGGCACCGAAUACUCCACAGGACUACACAGUUGUGAUCGCUGUGAUAGUGUCGGUGUGUACGAUCAUUCUGCUGGCAGUGCUCAUCCUGGUCUUGUACUAUAGAAAAAAAGUGACAAGUAAGCGAAUCCAUUUGACAUUUCUCUUAAAAGUUCCUUUUAAAACUCUCCUGCAAGUUAUUAAACCAAUGAAGAGGGAAGUUAAAGCAGUGCUUGCCAUAAAUUGA